GGUAAAGGGCCCACCCAGCGGUCUCCGUCGUCUUCCUUUCCCGCUUCCUCCUCAGACCCUUCCUCUUCUUUUGCCGCCGCUUCUGCUGCUUCUUCGCGGCGCCGUCUCUUGUGCUCCGAUUCCGUGGACGCCAUAUUGCCUCUUCUUCAUAUCCCGGCGACGAACAGACUCUCGCCAUACCCGGGAAAGGGGCGGUGCAAGUAGUAACGCAAAGAAGCGUCCCUCCCUAUGACCUUCGCCAACAGCCAAUGAGAGCCCAGCCCGCCUAGGUUUGGAAACUAGGGCGAAGUGGACGGGUUCGAUGCUCCCCGCGAGGCGGAGGGGAUUCCGGAGAGAUCACUAUGGUUUUAGGAAUGUAGCUGAAUCCCAGUCGCUGGGUAGCAACAGAGAGGGGGGCCUGUUGCCCUCAUUUCCCGCUUGUGGGCUUCCCAGGGGGCAUCUGGUUGGCCACUGUGGGGAACCCGAGGCUGGACUAGAUAUAGCAGGCUGAGAAAUUUGCCAAGACCAUGUCUCUAUACGAGCAACAAGUUUCUCCAACAAUCACCAGCACAUUACUGAGUUCAGAAAGUGCUAAAGAACAACUCUUAGAAGACUGUGAAGAACUAUGGAAACAAAUGGAAGAGUGUCAGAACAGAUUAAUGCUUCAAGAAACAGAAACUCUUCCAGGUUCAGAUCCCAAGCUUUCAUUGUUAAUGAAAAAGGUGAAGGCUCUAACAGCAGAGCUUAACCAAUGGCAGAAAAGAAAACCAGAAAUACUUACCAUGAAUCCGGAUGUUCUGGUAGCAUUAGGAAGAGAUCAGCUGCAGAAAUUAAAUCAUGAUCUUGAAAUGGUGCUAUCAACAGUUCAUGCAAAGAACACAAAACUGAAGCAAGAUUUAGUAAGGGAACAGCAAUGGUUGGAAGAACAGCAGCAGCUAAUAGACAGUCUCAAUCAAACAGAGGAAGAAAUUAGCAAUCAAGUUAUACAGUUUUCUGAGAAAAGAGCCUUUCAAGAACUGAAAAGCAAAAUGCUGAAAAUAAAAGCUUAUAAGGACAAGAUCUUGAAUGCUCUGGGAGAGUUCCUUGAAGAACAUUUCCCUCUCCCUGAGGAUGCUGGAACUGCAAAAAAGAAAAGACGUUCAUCUGAAGAGCCAGAUGUACAGCUAAUAACAUUACAUGAAGUUUUAGAGAGCCUUAUCCAUAAACUCAUAAAUACACCAUAUGAUCCAUAUAUAACAAUCACUGCUUCAGUUUGGUCACCUUAUAUUGAACUUCUGCUGCGAUAUGGGAUUGCAUUAAGACAUCCAGAAGACCCACACAGGAUACGUCUAGAAAACUUUCAUCAAUAGCAAGAUUUAAUAAGGUGGUCACCACUUGAUCAGUAAAAUAAAUUAGAAGGGGUACAAAUGCUUACUUCUGCUUGAGAAGAAACUAUAUUAAUUACUAGUGUUUCAGGUAUUUCAUGCAGGUUCUUGUAAUGCUUCUGUAAAGCAGGAUCUGCAGAGCUCUAUUUUAAUGUGAGAUUGUAAUCUUUCUAUGUUACUUUUACUACUAUUAACAAAUAAUGCUUGUAUCCUGAAAACUAUUCAGACUGUUAAAACAAGAAAUGAACUCAGAUUAAAGGACUAUUUUAGAUUGACGGUUCAUUUGGUUGUACCUCUACAACCAACUUCUCUAUGAUCAACUCUUGGGCUACACCAUCAACUUAAAAGAACGCUGAAACAGGAAAAACUGUGUUUCUUCCUGGGAUGAUAUGGUGAGAGAAGAAAACAGAAUAUUGUAUUUCCAACUCACAGGGAAUAUGUGCACUUCUGUAGGCACACUUGUGAAAGAAAGGCAAGGGAAAUGUCUUUGAGAUUUAUUGGCAGAAUUUGAAAGAUGUCUGCCUCACAACUGGGAAUACUAUACUACCUUGCUGUCUGCCUCCUUUUCCUACUCCCAAUUCCAGGUCCUUCCUAAAGGUGGACAUUAUGAUGAUUGUUUCCAUGGAAGUAGUCCAUGCUGAAUGUCAUCUCACAAACAAGUUAUGGUAGAUCUGCCUUUAAAUCAAUCAAGUAGGAAAUAUUGAAAAAUCACAAGGAAUUUCAAGCUUCCGCCCACCCACUCCAUCCAGCUCCAGCCAUGUCCAGGGUCUCCAGAGAAUGACAUCUUAACAUUUACACUUUCCUUUUCAUAUUACUUAAUGUGGAAGUGCCCACAACAAUAUUUGUUUCCAGGACAUAUGGUCCAGAUUUGUCUCACAAUUUGAGUUCUGAACAUAAAGCAUGGGAAGUCAUAUUCGACACACUAUCAACGAUUUGUAUUUGUCUGGACUAAAAAUGGAACCAUUGGUGUUCUGUGAUUAAAAGGAUUUUUACAAUAAAACGAGUGAUAGCAC